UACUGAUUUUUCGAAAGACAUAACUUUUAACUCAUAGUGAGUUACUGAGUUCCAUAAUAUAUCAAAUAUAAGUUAUUACAAGACCAAUUAUUACCUUCCCUGAACCCUGAAGUGGUCCAUCCAUUAAACUUCAUACCAACUCAUAGUCAGGCAAUUAUAUACUCUGUGUGUGUUCUAUAUCCAGUCUCCAAUCAUGUUUUCUAGCUUCUCCACUUAGUUUGUUAUUUGCAUUUGUAUCAAAGGUCUAAUCUUUAAAACUCUAAGCUGAGAUUAUUCAUACUUGCAUUCUAUAUUUGUAUCUAUAGCUUUGUUCACUCUAUACAUGAUUUCAGUCAUUAUAUUUUAUCAGCAGGCCAACACACACACACAUACACCUUUCAAUCAGGAAGGAAUCACAAAGGUUCUUCUGAUUCAUUCCUCAAUGGAAUUGUCACCAAAGCCUAAUAUCAUCAUUUUCCUCGAUGUAUGCAUGUAUGGAUGGAAAUGUAUAUUAAAAGUUUUAUGAAAGCAAAAGUGGAUUGAUGAGCCUGUAGUUUACUGAAGGUGAAAUGUUUCUGCAGGAUUUUCUUGCAACAAAUUGCUUCUUUUAGCCAAUAGCAACAGAGAAGCUGAAGAGUAGGACUAUUUCUUUGUGUAAGAAAAUGGUUAGAGAUCCAUUGAACCAGCCCGGGCCAAAGGAUGGAACAAUUCAAUGCUUUAUCCAGCGGGACAAGCGUAAAUCGACAUACUAUCUCUUUUUGUGUCCAUCUCCUGAUUUGCUAGUUGAAAAGGGGAAGCUCCUUCUCUCUGCUAAAAGAACUCAGAUAAUUCCUUUCACAGAAUAUGUCAUCUCAUCCAAUGCAGAAAAAUUGUCUCAAUCAAGCAAGACGUGCAUUGGGAAACUCAGAUCAAACUUUGUGGGAACAAAAUAUGCAAUCUAUGACACACAGCUUGCAUGGACUAGAGCAAACAUCCUCACUCCAGAGCACCCAAGUCAAAGGCUAUAUUCCAAAAAAGUCUCUCCAAAGGUUCAAACUAAGGAAAGCUAUAAACUAGGUCACAUCACAUACAAUCUCAAUGAUCUUGGAUCAAGAGUUCCGCGCAAAAUGCACUGUACUAUCCAUUCAACUCCCGAGUCGAAACCGUUGGUUCUUGAGAACAAGGAGCCACGCUGGCACGAAAAGUUGCAGGUUUGGUGCCUAGACUUUAAAGGGCGAGUAACCGUUAAAUCAGUUAAGAAUUUCCAACUUUUUGUAGAGCGUGGCGGUCAUUUGGAUCAUGAUGAGGUCAUCCUGCAAUUUGGGAAGGUUGGGGAAGAUGUUUUUACCAUGGAUUACAGAUAUCCUUUAUCUGCGUUUGAGGCUUUUGCCAUAUGCUUAAGCAGCUUUGACACCAAAGUGGCUUGUCCAUGAUAGAUAGUGAUGCUUUUCUUGAAGGGUUAAUAUUUAUAUUAAACUCCAAUUGUGAACCCCUUCAUUGGUGGAGUUAUGUACGAGGCAAUUCUGGGAACUUGAAGCUUUGGUAGGAUAUUUAAUAUAACCAGAUCACAUGAAGUCACUACAAUGACAAUAUUCCUU